GUGGAAACGUUAAUAUAAAUUCCAUAUCCGUAUCAUCCGUAGUGUUAAGAUUAAAGUUGAUUACACAUAUUUGAAGCAAAUACAAGAUUAAUUUAAGAUUUAGUGCCCAUGACCGGCUAAAGUUGAACUAUUCUUGCUGACGUGAAAUUGGAUAGAAACGAGGGAGUAAAACAUAUCGAACGUUCUCACAAUUAACAACAUAAUAAAAUGCCCUCGUUACAGGUGUUUUUAAUAUUACUGUUGGCUUUUAGUGUGCUCUUCUGCAAUGCAAGUAAAAGUAAGGAAAAUGAAACAAAGCGCGCAGUUAAACCAGUUGAAUUUAAAAGAAUUGAAAAGAAAAGUACAAAUGAGAUAAGGGGGCCCACAGAACUUCCAGAAGUGUACAGUUUUGGGCAAAGAGAAGAACCUUUCCGUCCAAUAUAUCAGUAUCACUAUCCAGGUGAACAUUUGAAAACAACUUCUACAAACUAUGUUGCUAAUCCAAACAGUCCCCAGUUACUUUACAAUAAGCAAGAUUCUGCAAUUCCAAUAAAUGCAGCGUAUUCACAUGAUCACCCCGUUAGUAAUGGUGAUGGUAGUGCCACCAUACGAAAUGCACAAUAUGUAGCUACUAACUCAUACAAGCCGGAAGCUGGAAUUCAAUACGCCUCCAGUUCGUACAAGUCCGGCUCUCAAAGCGGGUCACAAUAUGCCUCAAGUGAAUAUCGUGGACCUUUCGUAUCUGCUUCUCAAACAUCAGGGGAGCCAACACGUAGUCAUCCUGAACCGUUAUAUUCCGUAACACCAGUCGAACCUCCGCCAGUGCCGCAGACUUUACCACCACAGUCACAUCAGCAAAAUUAUUUUUCUGUUUUAUUACCACCAGAAUACGUUCCAAAUUCUCAACAGAAUUUAGCUACGCAAUUGCCAUUAAUUGGUGCUCAAAUGGUACAGAUAAUAUAUGGUCAUAAUGCGGGGCCAAAACCAAGGCCAUCACCGCCUGUCUUCAAAGACCAACAAUAUAAACAAGUUCCAGUCCAGUAUGUUACACUUAUUCCACCAAAGGGUGUGCAUUCUCUAGUUGCUGUCCCUGGCGUUGUAACACAUAUUGUUCCGUAUCCAUACUAUGAACCUAAUGGUCUGCAUCAGCAUCAACAAAUGCAACAGAUAUUUUACAAUGGAGCUUAUAAUCCGCAAUCGCUGCCCACUUCAUUAGUUUAUGCAAUCAAUCUACCAAACCAUCAACAAUCAAUUCAUAAGCAACAAAUAUAUGGACCAAUUCAAACAGCAACUGGAACACGAACAGUAUCAGCGGCGGAUUCAGUUAAUUUUAAACCAAUGAUGGUUGAAAAGCAGCAGCAAUUACAGCAACAAACGUUACCUCAGUUUUAUCAGCAUUAUCAUCCGGGUGCCGCAGGUUACACUAGGUACUCACAAAAUCCAUCCUCUUUCAAUGAUUCUGGUGGCAGUAGUAAUCCAGUUGAAGUUUCUGUUAACGAAGCAACGCUAAAACAGAAUCCAAUAUACUCAACGUUAUCAUCAACAAACAAUCUUGGAAACACCUAUUCACAGUCUGUAGGAAGCAGUAGUAGCGGUAAAAUGGCGUAUGCAUAUGGAACGGAUCCAAAUUACGAAGGGCACACGUACACCCAUCCCGGUGUUAUACAUGAUGGUACACAUCUCUAUCCUCCAACUAGAAACGUAGUCCAGAUUGGUUCUAAACCGGUUACUGCUGGAUCUGCAGUCAUUGCUGGUGUUUCUCCACCAUCUUAUCAUCCCCAGCAGCAAUCUCCUGCCAGCAACAGUAAAGGGGUUCUUGGUAGUUCCAGUACCGUUGUGAUGAAGUUUGCUUAGAAGAAGGCUCUGACAGAGCAGAAGUACGAAAACGAGCAAUAGAAAGGAGAAGUGGUGUUAUUGCUCUAGUCUUGUGGAAAACUUUUUGAUAAUUACUUUGUUUAACCUUAUGUUGGCUUACAAUACGGAAAACAUACAAUACCACCCCCAUGCCGAGCUUAUUCCUGCUUAAACUUGAACCCUAUCGAUGUACGGCUGUAUGCAUAAAUUCUCGUAGAAAAAAGUACAUAUCUACAUAUAUGUAGCUAUACGAAUCCAAGGCUAGGUGCGGGUGAAUGGCAUAGCACUAAUAUUUGUCACAACCUAAUGGAAAUCUCAUGAGGGCUAGGUGCUGCUGAUUCAGUUUUUUUUUAUGCCUGAAAUCCUUCUUUUUUUGCCGCGAAAUGUAUGUGGCAACCUUUAUGAUUAUUAGGCAGGUGUGCAUGCAAUUUUGUUUAGCUUUUGUUUGUGUAUGCUAUUUAGAUUUAAGGUCUAGUUAAUAAGUUAAAAAAUAAAAAACCAUCAAUGGAGAUGGAUUAAAUUUCUUUAAUAAAGAUAAAAUAAAAAAGCAAAAGAGA